AUGCUGCCUUCGCUGCCCACUGGCUGCUCGAGCUUCCAGCGCCUCCAGCUCCCGACGGAACAUCGCCAUGGCGAGGCCUCUGGAGCGUUCCUGGAGGCCGCUGGAGUGUUCCUGGAGGCCACUGGAGUGUUCCUGGAGGCUGCUAGAGUGUUCCUGGAGGCCACUGAAGUGUUCCUGAAGGCCACUGGAGUGUUCCUGGAGGCUGCUGGAGUGUUCCUGGAGGCCGCUAGAGUGUUCCUGGAGGCCACUGGAGUGUUCGUGGAGGCCACUGGAUUGCUCGUGGCUGGCGGCACGGCCGCGCUCCGUGUGCCCGCGAGGCCCUCGUCGACGGCGUGCUCGAGCAGUGACAGUGUCCGGGACUUGUUCGGAGUGCCCCGCCACGCGGCGAGCACAUGGCGGGCUCCAGCUACGCCCCUCGUCCCCGGCAAGGCGGCCAAGGCUCCCAGGGCAGCGCAGCGGCGCAGCGCUCCCAGAACGGAUAGUCCUGCUAUUUUGGGCCCGGGUGGCUGGAAGACCGACGUUCCCGCCGUUGCCGAUGGACCCCUAGAGCGUCGCCCUUCGCCCUGGACCAAGACGAGGACCUCGACGUCCUCCAGGACUCACUGCGGCCCCUUCUCUCCGGCAGCAAGUGCGGCCACGCAUCUGCCGCUGCUUCGGCCAUCUGGCAGAAAUACGGAAUACACGACAUCGGCCGACAUCGACCACCGCGCGGCCCUUCAUGUUCAUGUUGAUGGGCCGAGGACGCCGAGGACGCCGAGCACCUCUCGGCCUAACAAGCCGGCCAGGCAGCCGAGGAAGGGCCAAGGACGCCGAAGGACGCCGAAGGGUCGUCCCUCGCCUCCUUGUCAUUCUCGUGUCCGGUUGUACAUUUCACUUACUGGACGGAGAACUGAUAAGGGCGCGUGGGAUCCCUGCUUCACCACUACUUCCACAGACUUAACCACGCCUCUCUUCCUGGUGAACCGAUGAGGGCGAUCCCUGCUUCACCACGCCGCGCGGCCGUUGGCGGCCGCCCCUCCCCGUGACUUCGGCGGCGCCCUAAAAUGUAGUCUGGUUAGACCAGUGGUUCUCAACCUUAGGGUCGCGACCCCAAGCGGGGUCGCGAAAUUUUUUUAAGGG